UGCAUUGCGCUCGUGUGACUUUUGAACUCUGGAUAAAAACAAGCCGAUCAGCUGAUGUAAAGGCAACAACAUCUACAGGGGUCUGACACAGAAUAGCUCAGCUAGCUAACUUUCUCCACAACGUUAGCCAUAUGUGGCAGCGGGCGCUAUGCUCCUAGACCGUGUACGUGUCAGCUCGUAACUUAGACCGUGUCGCGGCGGCAGUGAGGACAGUCGUCGUCGGUCGGACCGGGUAGCUUCUGCUAGGUCAGUGGAUUGAAGCUUGUUUGGUCCCCUCACAGUCACUCUCCUCCUGUCAGGUGUGAGAUGAGUGGUCAAGGUCCAGCUUCAGAUAAAGGCAUGAACUUCACACUGGGCUGUCAGGAGAGCUACGCCUGCGGGGGUUCAGAUGAGGCCGCCUUUGAGUGUGAUGAAUGUGGCAGCCUGCAGUGUGCCCGCUGCGAGCUGGAGCUGCACCGCCAGGAGCGGAUGAGGAAUCACGACCGGGUUCGGAUUGCACCGGGCCACGUUCCUUUCUGCGACUCGUGCAAAGGUGACAGCAGCUGCUCCGUCAACGGCGGUCGGCUCAGGGCGGUGGUGCGCUGCCAGGGCUGUAAGAUCAACCUGUGUUUGGACUGCCAGAAACGCACCCACAGCGGAGUCAACAAGAGGAAGCACCCUCUGACACCCUACCCCCCUGCCAGAGCUCCCCAGGACAACAGCGUGAGUGAGGGGGAGUCACAGAUGGAGCUGCUGAAGGCAGAGCUGGAGAGGGUGUGCAGCUUCCUUUUGGUGGAUGAGAGGGAGGAGAUGCAGGUGAAGGAUGAGGACGACUUUGUGAGCAGACUGGGCUGCAUGCCAGACGAGCUCCUCAAAGUGGUCUCCAUCUUUGGGAACACCGGCGAGGGCAAGUCUCACACCCUGAACCACACGUUCUUCCUCGGCCGAGAAGUGUUCAAGACCUCACCCACCCAGGAGUCCUGCACUGUGGGUGUCUGGGCAGCCAUGGACCCUGUGCACCGCGUAGUGGUCAUCGACACAGAAGGACUGCUGGGAGCUGGAGCUAAUCAGGGCCAGCGGACCCGGCUGCUCCUCAAAGUCCUGGCUAUCUGCGACGUGGUCAUCUACCGAACCCAUGCCGACCGUCUCCAUGACGAUCUCUUCAAGUUCCUGGGUGACGCGUCAGAUGCCUACCUGAAACAUUUCACCAAGGAGCUGAAGGCAACGACCACCCGCUGUGGUCUCGAUGUCCCGUUGUCCACUCUGGGCCCUGCUGUGAUCAUCUUCCAUGAGACCGUCCACACCAAGCUGCUAGGAUCAGACAAACCGUCUGAAUCGGCCGAGCGUCUUCUCCAGGAGCGUUUCAGGAAGCUUGGUCUGUUUCCAGAAGCAUUCAGCUCCAUCCAGUACCGCGGAACUCGGACCUACAACCCUCCCACAGACUUCAGCGGUCUUCUGCGCAGCCUGGAGCAACAGCUGGACAACAACACCACCCGCUCGCCACGCUCUGCCAGCGUCAUCUACAAGGCUCUGCAGGCUCUGAGCGAACGCUUCAGUGGGGAGAUUUCAGACGAGCACAUGACCAGCAACUCGUUCUUUCCAGAUGAGUACUUCACCUGCUCCAGCCUCUGUCUCAGCUGUGGUUCAGGCUGUAAGAGAAGCAUGAAUCACCUGAAGGAAGGACUUGACCACGAAGCCAAACAUCGCUGCCGCUACUCUGCACAGUAUGACAACCGCAUCUACACCUGCAAGGCCUGCUAUGAAGGAGGGAAGGAGGUAAUCGUGGUUCCCAAAACGACGGCCUCGUCUGACUCACCGUGGUUUGGCUUGGCCAUCUAUGCUUGGUCUGGGUAUGUAAUCGAGUGCCCCAACUGUGCAGUGAUCUACAGAAGCAGGCAGUACUGGUAUGGAAACCAGGAUCCAGUGGAAACAGUGGUCAGAACAGAGAUCCAGCACAUCUGGCCUGGGUCUGACGGUUUCUUGAAAGACAACAACAACGCCGCCCAGAGGUUGCUGGAUGGAGUCAAAUACAUUUCUCAGUCAGUGUCUGAACUCAGCGUCAAGCCUGCCAAAGCAGUCACCUCCUGGCUUACCGACCAGAUCGCUCCUGCCUACUGGAAACCCAACUCUCUUAUCCUGAAUUGCCAUAAAUGUGGGGAGGAGUUCCAGCCCAACGACACCAAGCACCACUGUCGUGCCUGUGGAGAGGGCUUCUGUGACUCCUGCUCCUCAAAAACCCGGCCUGUCCCAGAGAGGGGCUGGGGCCUCGCGCCCGUCCGAGUCUGCGACGCAUGUUUCCACAACAGAGGAAUCCCAACUGAGUUACUGGAUGCUGCCUUGGAGGAGGAAGGAGGCACCCUGAUAGCCAGGAAGGUUGGGGAGGCGGUCCAGAACACUUUAGGAGCUGUAGUCGGCGCCAUUGACAUACCUCUCGGCCUGGUGAAGGACGCCGCUCGUCCAGCCUACUGGGUCCCAGACCAGGACAUCCACUCCUGCAACGAGUGCCAGAGGGAGUUCUCCCCACGUCUCUCCAUCCACCACUGCCGCGCCUGCGGCCAGGGAGUGUGUGACGACUGCUCUCAGGAGCGACGCGCCGUCCCCUCCCGCGGCUGGGACCACCCGGUGAGGGUCUGCAGCGGCUGCAACCAGAAAGCUGGGGAGCUCUAGCAGGACGAGGAGAUGGAGACGGUGAAGGAUACUGGCCUCUACGAAAACUGGAAUUGACAACAUUUUUUGACAUUUGGCUAAAAGGCUUCAGUUCCCUUUUUGUCUCUUACGUGGCAUUUAAUGGCUGCCACUAGACUGUCCGUGGCAGGUUGAACUCUGUUUUUUUUAACGCCGUUCUCACGUCACAUCAGUCCCCUGAUGCUAUUUCACUAUAAUAUGCCUCUAUUUUACACUGUGAAGAAUACAGUCAGAGUGAGACUUGAAAAUCAGGAAGGUGGAGAGAUAAAAACUUUUAUGAGAGUGAGUAUUGUACGUGCUUGCUCACAGUUGAGUUCAGGUAAAUAUCAAUGUACCCCCGUGAUCCUUUAAAUUUCUAUAUCGAUGCACAUGAACCCCUUCGACAAUCCCUCCCAGUGUGACACACCUGUACUAUUAGCACCUUUUCUAGUCUGGGGCUACAUGUGAUUUAAUAAUAGUACUGACUGAGCAUCUUAAACUGACUUCAGGUAAGCACUCUCAUUGUAAGACUGUUUCUGCAGGAGCCCUGGAUGUAGAGUUCAGGGCCGGCUUCAAACGCAACAACGGAAAAUCUGAAAAACAAUCCACCACAAUUAAUUUGGUGGAUGAUGUGCAGUUAUUUUCCUCUGCUUCAGCCCCGCAAAGCUUUAGCUUCUCUGCCACUCUUUGGCUUCAGGAGGAUUAGAACAAUCAGAAGCCAAUGAUGUACUGUAGCACCGAGAUGCAUUCCAAUUUAUAUAAUUACGUCUUACAUAAUCCCUCCAUACUCUGUGGUUGUUUGUGCAUUCAAAUGGGCAGACGAUAAUAGAAGAGCCUUAAAGGGGAACCGCAAUGUUUUUCAACCUAAGCCCUGUUUUCUCGUGUUUUGUGUCAAAGUGACUCAUGGGAACAACGAUUUUUUAAAUUGCUCCAAUACUGAGAGAGAGGGCUGCAGCUGGAGCAGCACAGGCGGCUACGAUUUAACCACUUUUAGGAGGUGCGCCCCGUCAAUUUACAUCCAUUAAAAGUGCUUGUUUUUGCCACUGACAGGCUCAGCUUGUUAUUAACAAUAGCUAUGUUUCCAUCCAAAAGUGAUUUGAAUCAUUGGGAAAUGCGCAUUAAAAGAAAUACUAAUCCUGUGUGUUUCCAUUAAAUGUACGGACUUUGGCAAAAACUACGAACUCGCGCGAGUUUUCCGCAGAACCGGAAACAAAACAAGUCUCGCAUUCUUCUUCUACGUUUUCUGGCGGUUGGCAACCAGCUUGUAAAUGGCAUGUGCAGGUAUACAGUUUAGUCCCCUGUUAUUUUUGCUGCAUGUGUUUUUCCACAGCAGGGCAGGUAACAGAAGUUUACCUGUUGGAGGUGAGCUGUUUGCAGAGGUGCAGUAAGAGCCUGUUGUCUGCAGCUCUUCAUCAACAUCUCUCUGCCUUUACUCUUCCUCCCUGGCCUUUAUUGAAGAAAAGCUGCUAACAAAGUUUCGCUAAUUCAGUGAUAAACACAUUUUAUUUCCUGUAGAUUCUUCACAAUAAAAGUCCCCCAUCAUUUUGUUAUGUGAAAACUUUUAUUGUGAAGCAGCAAAAUAAGGAAAUGUAAAGUUUUCGAGCAGCGAGAUUUGAGCUGAUUUUGACAAUGUGACAAAGCCCACAAGAUUUCAGAACUUUUUCUUUAGCGAGACUUGAACACACAACAGAUCGGAUCAAGCGAAAGCUAUGAAAAACAUUUCAUUUCUCAGUUGGGUCCUUUCUGUAAGGUUUUCAGACACUCAUAGUAACAAUUUGAGCCUGUCAGUGACAAAAACAAACUCUUUCAAUAGACGUAAAUUGACGUGCACACCUGCCCUCAGAGGUCACACUGCAGCCUGUUUUCGCUGCUGUCUGCUUCAGCGCGCUCUCAAUACUGGACCGAUUUCAAGAACUGUCUCUAUUCGUCACUUAGACACGAAAACAAUGGAAAAUAAGGUCCAGGUUGAGAAAUACUCGUUCUCCUUUAAUAAUGCUGUUUGCAUUGACUUUAAAUUUUACAUAGAAUAUAUACAUAUAUGGGGAAAAGUUUACUUUAAUAGGAAAAUUUUUAAAUGGCCUCGCUUUGUUUUUAAAAUGGUAGAACUACUAUGUGCUAACAAGACAAAUGUGACUGCAGUGGGAUGACAUGCAGCAGCUCUCACAGAGUGGCUGGCUCACAGUAGCAAUAUGGUACAGUUAAAGACUUGAAACCAUCUUUGAGGCUGGCCCCUCAAAACAGGAGAUACUUAGAGGAGUAAUCCAUUACUCUGUCAACUCAGGCUGUGUAGCUAGUUAGUUAGGAGCACCACGUGAGAAAGAGACUGUACUGUACAAUUAUCUGACAAAUAUAACACAUGAUGAUGCAGUCAGGCUUCGACUGAAGGCUGUGAGGUCUGACUGCAGUGAUGGUUAACCUGGGAUUAUUUUCAGUGACUGACUGGGAGAGUUGGUUCGGUUACAAUUUCAAUAAGCUGAAAUAACACGUUGAACUAUGUGGUCACCGUCCCGCUCUCGGAGAGACGUGUUCAAUAAAUAUCACAUGGAACAAAUCAAUACCUUAAUGUUCAUGUACGCUCAUACAGUAUGUAUUAAACUGCAGAAACUCA